AUGGCAUUGGAAGAAGGAAAGGCCAGGAAAGCUGCUCAGGCUAGCUCGAGGAAAGGGUGCAUGAGAGGCAAAGGUGGCCCUGAAAAUGCCCUAUGCACCUUCAAAGGCGUGAGGCAACGCACUUGGGGCAAAUGGGUGGCCGAAAUUCGGGAGCCCAACGGAGGUAUGCGAGUUUGGCUCGGCACUUUUGAUAAUUCUUAUGAGGCUGCUUUGGCUUACGAUGCUGCUGCCCGGAAACUCUUCGGCCCGGAUGCCAAGGUGAACUUGCCUCAUUUGUAUGAAGAGAAUCCGAUCCCUCAGUUCCCAGUUUCAUCCAACCUUGGGAGCCAUGUGCAGAUUCAAGAAAACAAUCCAGUCUUUGCCUUUUCAAAAUGUUCCCCUCUACCAAUUUUCUAUGAAAACACAGAUGCUUCUAGAUAUGGGUAUCCAUUAGAGGGGGCAUCUCUGAAAAGCUCUCAGAAUGUUAAUGAAAUUGAGUUUGUGAGUAUGAAAGGAAUGCCUAACGACUUGAAUUUGCCCGAGAUUGAUGACUCCUCCAUGUGGGCAGAAGCGGCAAAGGAUACCUCUUUUCAGUUCGUGGAAGACAUGGAUUUGGAACAUAGGAAUAAUUGGAACAAUGUUCGUUUCCAAUGGUUCCUGUAA